UAUGACAAGUACUUGGAGACCGGAAAUUGCUCGGCUUUACAUAUACGUGCCAUAGACAUGGGGUUAUUAAAUCAGGCGAUUUUUGGAAUGUGUGCUAUAUUAACGUAUACAUAUAUUAUUAAAUGGACAGCCUCUAAUUUACCAACGAAUUUCGGAGGGAGUUGGGAGCCAGAAUUUCAAGACGUGGUUGACGUUUUCAGGAAAAAUGUCGAAAGCGGGAAGGAAAAGGGUGGAGCUUUCGCUGUUUAUUACAAGGGCAGGCCUGUGAUUGACGUGUGGGGCGGGUACGCAGACGCAGAGAGUUAUCGCCCUUGGACAGAGAAUACUACCACGAUGGCCUUCUCGUGCACAAAGGGAGUCGCCGCCAUCUUACUUGUAAAAAUGAUGGAGCUAGGAAUCAUCAGCUCCAAAUCGCUAGUGAAGGACUACUGGCCCGAGUUUGCGGUCAACGGGAAGGACAACAUCACCGUAGAGAUGCUGAUAAGUCAUCAGGCCGGACUUAUAUACUUGGAUACACCGCUGUCUCUCCGAGAGUACCUUACGGACAGGGAGAAAUGGUCGAGGACUCUGGCAGAUCAAUCGCCAGCCUGGCCACCUGGAGCGCAGUUUGGCUACCAUGCGUUGACCUUCGGACUGUACGUGGACGAGUUAAUACAGAGAACAGACCCUAAUCACAGAGACACUGCAACGAUCUUUCAGGAUCUGAUAGCAAAACCUUUCGGUAUAGAUUUCGGUAUGAACACACCUCUGUGCGAGUUUGCUCGCUCGGCAAGACUGGUGACCAAAACGUACCUUCAGUUGCUUAUCGACUCGCUCAGUUUCCCUCGAUAUCUCGUGCCCUUCUUCCAGAUUGUAGCCCAGCCCAAGUCAGUUAUGGCGAAAUCUGUAGUGUCUAUAGUAGAAUACGCUCAGGAUUUAGCAAAGUUAAACAAUCCUCUAUUACGCGAGAUCACCGUAUCGUCUGCAUCCGGGACAGGAACGGCUCGUGGAUUAGCCCGCCUUUACGGAAUAUUGGCCAAUGGCGGAUCGGUGGACGGAGAUUUGUUGCUGUCACGUGACAGCAUCAAAUAUUUAGCCACACCUAUAAUAUUUGGCAAAGACUCAGUGUUUUUAACUGGAGAGGACACGAGCUUUGGACCUGGAACACUUUAUAGAAAGAACCCAAAAGGCCAAGACGCCGUGGGCCACACCGGUCACGGAGGUCAGGUUGCUAAUUGGUGAUGAGGCGAACGCACUGGGUAUCGCCUACCUGACCAAUCAUCUGUCAAUCAACGGCAUUGGAGAUGACCCGAGAUACGUUGAACUUGAGAACGCCCUAUAUCGGGUGAUUGACAGAUUGCAGACGCGGACUUGAUCAAGAGUUAUCGAAAUCAUUGACUAUAUUGAUCGACGUCUACAAUAAAAUGGAUCUAAAACUCCAUUGACUUGAUUAACCAUGUGUCCCCAUCCCCACACCCACUUAAUAUUGAUAUAUUUCAAGAUCACGUUCUACAUGUAAUGUAACAAUUACACGUGUAAUAAACUAAGAAAUUAAAACAAUGCUUACAAUUACAUAUGACAUGAAUGUUGAUGUUUGAAAUACUUUUUUUUAUUCGCCACAUACAUGCACUCGAUGUAAAAAUGGAUUUUGUUAGACGGUUAUGAUUUUAGCCAAAAAACAUGUUUACAAUGUGAUAAGAACUAUGUUUUUAAUUGUCGAUAGUAAACGAGAACGAACAAUGACGUGUUUGUUCGAACAGAUAUUUCAUUUCAUCUGAAUAAACAGAUAAGACUUCUCUAA